UUGUUUAGAGCAGGUAAUAUUGAGGUGUGGUGAUGGGGACAGGAGGCAGCUACCUGCGCAGAUCUGAGUCUGGCCAGUAGAGGAACGGAGAGCACCUGCAAACCCAAUUAGCCGCCAAGCUCUUUCUCCGGUGCCUCGGCCACCAGCUUGCAAGCCUGACAGUGUGAAGGAAAAGUUCAGCUCUCUGGUUCCUGGGGGAACAUGGACUUUUCUUCUGAAUGGUGCUGUUGGCUCUCCUACCUGUUCUAAUUCUGAUCUGGUUGCUUUGGGCCAAGAUGGAGAAUUCCCCAUCGGUUGACCUGGGAAAACCAGAGGAAGAGCGUCCCAGCCUGGCCCUGCCGCUUCCUGCAGAAACUCAGCAGCUGCCUCCGAACGGAUCUUCUGUCCAAGUUCUGGAGGCUCCUGGCGCCAAAGUCCCACCUGCAGAACCCAGCCAGGUCUCCGACGUCCCCUUACAGCUGCCUCUUCAAAGCGCCCAGACCGCCACAGCCGCCCUUAAGCAGCCGGAUCACCCCGUUUGCCAGUGCAAGCCUCCGGUUCCCCGUUCUGCCUCGGAUUCUGCACCACCGGCGGACGCUGCAAGGCCUCUGAGCCGAGUCGUUUGUCCUUCCUCCAGCCAAGCCCUCAGGCAGUGGCGGUCCUUCUCAUGGGAAGAGCAGGAGCAGCGGGGAGAGAUCAGCCAUGCCCAAGCGAAGCGCCAAUCCAUGGCCAAGUUUGUGCUGGGCUCCUUUGAGGACAACUCGUCCGAUGACGAGCUGGUGGCCGGAUCCUUUAAAACAGCCAAGAAGAGGAAUAGCUUGGCCAGCAUCAGCUCUUCCUCCUCCGUGGAUUCUUUGUCGCUGUCCUCUCUGUCAGAGACAGGAUCAGCUGCAGUCAUGAGACCCAGCAUGUCGGGGAUGCACCUCGUCAAGAAGGGCCGUGAGCAGAAGAAGCUGGAUCUCCACCGGGACUUCACGGUGGCCUCGCCUGCCGAAUUUGUGACUCGUUUCGGAGGGAACCGUGUUAUCGAAAAGGUCCUGAUAGCAAACAAUGGCAUUGCCGCUGUUAAGUGUAUGCGCUCCAUCCGCAGGUGGGCUUAUGAAAUGUUCCGGAACGAGCGAGCAAUUAGGUUUGUGGUCAUGGUUACACCGGAAGACCUUAAAGCAAAUGCUGAGUACAUCAAAAUGGCUGACCAAUAUGUGCCUGUUCCCGGAGGAUCCAACAAUAACAAUUACGCCAACGUAGAGUUGAUUGUGGAUAUUUCAAAAAGAAUUCCAGUGCAGGCUGUCUGGGCAGGCUGGGGACAUUCUUCGGAGAACCCCAAACUGCCAGAAUUGCUCCAGAAACACGGAGUAGCUUUUCUAGGCCCACCGAGCGAGGCCAUGUGGGCCCUCGGUGACAAGGUGGCCUCCACCAUCGUGGCCCAAACAGCCCACAUCCCUACACUGCCGUGGAGCGGAAGUGAUUUGGUGGCCGACUGGACAGAGGAGGAGAAUGAGCAGCUCAGAACCAUCACUGUUCCGCUGGAUACCUACUGGAGGGGCUGCGUGAGGGACGUGGAUGAAGGCUUGGAGGCUGCUGAGAGAAUUGGCUAUCCUGUGAUGAUCAAGGCCUCUGAGGGCGGUGGCGGCAAAGGGAUUCGGAUCGCCGAGGGAGCAGAAGAGUUUCCUGGUCGCUUCAGACAAGUGCAGAGCGAGGCUCCGGGAUCCCCGAUCUUCGUGAUGAAGUUCUUGCAACACGCCCGUCACCUGGAGGUCCAAGUCUUAGCCGAUCAGUACGGGAACGCCGUGUCAUUGUUCAGCCGAGAUUGCUCCAUCCAGCGAAGACACCAAAAGAUCAUUGAAGAAGCUCCGGCGACUGUAGCGCCUCCUCCUGUGUUCGACUACAUGGAGCAGUGUGCAGUACGUCUUGCAAAAAUGGUGGGCUAUGUCAGUGCGGGGACCGUGGAAUACCUCUACAGUGAAGACGGAAACUUCCACUUUCUGGAGCUUAACCCCCGCCUGCAGGUGGAACACCCCUGUACGGAAAUGAUCGCGGAUGUUAACUUGCCUGCUGCUCAACUCCAGAUUGCCAUGGGUGUGCCUUUGCACAGAAUGAAGGACAUCCGUGUCCUCUAUGGGGAGCCCCCCUGGGCAGAUACCCCCAUCCCCUUUGAGAGCCCCGGCAAUGUUCCAGUCCCCCGAGGCCAUGUGAUUGCCGCCAGAAUCACCAGUGAAAACCCUGACGAGGGUUUCAAGCCCAGCUCUGGCACGGUGCAGGAGCUGAAUUUCCGCAGCAGCAAGAACGUCUGGGGGUAUUUCAGUGUGGCAGCCACUGGUGGUUUGCACGAGUUCGCAGAUUCCCAGUUCGGCCACUGUUUCUCCUGGGGCGAGAACCGUGAGGAGGCCAUCUCAAACUUGGUGGUAGCUCUGAAAGAGCUGUCCAUCCGAGGAGACUUCAGAACAACCGUUGAGUAUCUGAUCAAACUGUUGGAGACAGAGAGUUUCCAAAACAAUGAGAUUGACACCAGCUGGCUGGAUCACUUGAUUGCAGAGAAAGUGCAGGCAGAGAAGCCAGACACCAUGUUGGGUGUGGUCUGUGGCGCUCUCAACGUAGCCGACACCUUGUUCAGGACGUGCAUGGAUGACUUCCUGCAUUCUCUGGAAAGAGGUCAAGCCCUGCCAGCGGCUUCCCUUCUGAACACUGUUGCUGUGGAACUUGUUUACGAAGGCAUGAAAUACGCUCUUAAGGUUGCCCGGCAGUCGCUGACCACUUACGUGAUCAUCAUGAAUCAUACCCACAUCGAGAUCGACGUGCACAGGUUGAACGACGGGGGACUUCUGCUCUCCUAUGAUGGCAACAGUUACACCACAUACAUGAAAGAAGAAGCGGACCGAUACCGUGUCACGGUGGGAAAUAAAACCUGUGACUUUGAAAAGGAGAAUGACCCAACCUUACUCCGGUCCCCUUCUACUGGAAAGCUGCUGCAGUACACCGUAGAAGAUGGGGGCCACAUCUGUGUGGGUGAAAGCUAUGCAGAGAUAGAGGUAAUGAAGAUGGUGAUGGUCUUGGAUGUGGAGGAAUCGGGCGUCAUCCACUACAUGAAGCGGCCAGGCACCUUGCUGGAGGCGGGCUGUGUCAUCGCGAGGCUCGAACUGGACGACCCCAGCAAAGUCCAUCUGGCCCAGUUAUACACAGGUGGACUCCCUCCGCAACAGCCCCUUCCCAUCCUCGGAGAAAAACUGCACCAGGUCUUCCAUACUGUGCUGGAGAAUUUAAUGAACGUCAUGAAUGGAUACUGUCUGCCCGAGCCAUAUUUCAGCAGCAAGAUCAAAGAAUGGGUCUGCAAACUGAUGAAAACGCUCCGGGACCCCUCCCUUCCCUUGCUGGAGCUGCAAGAGAUCAUGACAAGCAUUUCAGGCCGGAUCCCGCCCUCUGUGGAGAAGUCAAUUCGGAAGGUGAUGGCCCAAUAUGCCAGCAACAUCACCUCUGUGUUGUGCCAGUUCCCCAGCCAGCAGAUUGCCAGCAUCUUGGACAGCCAUGCAGCCACCCUGCAGCGGAAAUCUGAUCGCGAAGUCUUCUUCAUGAACACUCAAAGCAUCGUGCAACUAGUUCAGAGAUACCGCAGCGGCAUCCGAGGCCACAUGAAGUCUGUGGUGUUAGAUUUGUUGAGGCGAUACUUACAGGUGGAGACUCAGUUCCAGCAAGGUAAGGCGAGCGCACGUCUUGCUCGGUGCCCUCCGGUAGCCGUUGUAAAGGCGGUCAGUGAAGAAGGAUCCUCUUCUCCUCCUUUCUCAGCUCACUACGACAAAUGUGUGAUCAACCUGCGCGAGCAGUACAUGCCCAACAUGACCCCGGUCCUUGAAUGCAUUUUCUCCCACGCCCAGGUGGCGAAGAAGAACCUCUUGGUGACCAUGUUGAUUGAUCACCUUUGUGGCCGAGACCCAACCCUGACCGAUGAGCUGAUGGCUAUUCUGAAUGAGCUCACGCAGCUGAGCAAAACAGAGCACUCCAAAGUGGCCCUGAGGGCCAGGCAGGUGCUGAUUGCCUCCCACCUCCCUUCUUACGAACUGAGGCACAACCAGGUGGAGUCGAUUUUCCUCUCAGCUAUCGACAUGUACGGACACCAGUUCUGCCCUGAAAACCUAAAGAAAUUGAUCCUUUCAGAAACCACCAUCUUUGAUGUCCUCCCCACCUUCUUCUACCACUCCAACCAGGUGGUGUGCAAGGCAGCCCUGGAGGUGUAUGUGAGGAGAGCCUACAUUGCCUAUGAACUGAACAGCCUGCAGCAUCGCCAGCUCACGGACGGCACCUGUGUGGUCGAGUUUCAGUUUAUGUUGCCUUCCUCCCACCCAAACAGAAUGUCGGUGCCGGUCAGCAUCUCGAACCCAGACUUAGCCCGGCACAGCACUGAACUUUUCAUGGACAGCGGCUUCUCUCCUCUCUGCCAGAGGAUGGGUGCCAUGGUUGCUUUCGACAGAUUUGAAGACUUUACCAGGAAUUUUGAUGAAGUGAUUUCCUGUUUUGCUGACCCCCCAUCCGAGAGCCCCUUGUUCAGCGAGGUGAGGGCCACGCUCUACGACGAAGAUGACAGUAAGAACAUCCGAGAGGAACCCAUCCACAUCCUGAACGUUGCUGUUCGGUGGGCGGAUCACUUUGAAGACGAGGAGCUGGUGCCAGUCUUCAGAGCCUUUGCCCAGUCCAAGAAAAACAUCCUUGUUGACUACGGGCUCAGAAGAAUCACAUUUCUGAUAACCCGGCAGAGGGAAUUUCCAAAGUUUUACACAUUCCGAGCGCGAGACGAGUUUGCGGAAGACCGCAUCUAUCGCCACUUGGAGCCAGCUCUGGCGUUCCAGCUGGAGCUGAGCCGGAUGCGCAACUUCGAUCUGACAGCAGUGCCGUGCGCCAACCACAAGAUGCACCUUUAUCUUGGCGCUGCCAAGGUGCAGGAAGGCACAGAAGUUACUGACUACAGAUUUUUCGUUCGUGCCAUAGUCAGACACUCAGACCUCAUUACAAAGGAAGCUUCCUUCGAAUACCUGCAGAACGAAGGUGAGCGGCUGCUCCUGGAAGCCAUGGAUGAGCUGGAGGUGGCCUUCAGCAAUACCAGCGUCCGCACCGACUGCAACCACAUCUUCCUUAACUUUGUCCCAACGGUGGUGAUGGACCCCUCUAAGAUUGAGGAAUCCGUGCGCUCCAUGGUGAUGCGCUAUGGGCGGCGCUUGUGGAAACUCCGGGUCUUGCAAGCCGAAGUGAAGAUCAACAUUCGCUUGACGCCCACCACCCCGGUCAUCCCCAUCCGCCUCUUUCUCACGGACGAGUCGGGAUACUACCUGGAUAUCAGCCUCUAUAAGGAAGUCAACGACCCCAGGACGGGGAAUAUUAUGUUUGAUUCUUACGGAGACAAGCAAGGCCCUCUGCACGGGAUGCUGAUCAACACUCCGUACGUCACCAAGGACCUGCUUCAAGCGAAGCGCUUUCAGGCCCAGUCGCUCGGCACCACCUACGUCUAUGACUUCUUGGAGAUGUUCCGGCAGGCACUUUUCAAGACCUGGGGUUCCACAGACGCAUAUCCUAAAGAUGUCCUUACUUACACCGAAUUGGUGCUGGAUUCCCAGGGGCAGUUAGUAGAGAUGAACCGGUUGCCUGGAGGAAAUGAGAUUGGAAUGGUUGCCUUCAAGAUGAAACUGAAAACCCCCGAGUACCCCGAAGGCCGAGAGAUUGUUGUCAUCUGCAACGACAUCACAUACCAUAUUGGGUCCUUUGGGCCUGAGGAAGACCUUCUCUUCUUGCGUGCCUCCGAGCUCGCCCGUGCCAAAGGCAUCCCGAGGAUAUACAUCGCUGCUAACAGCGGGGCCCGCAUCGGGUUUGCUGACGAGAUCAAGCAGAUGUUCCAAGUGGCCUGGGUGGACCCAGCCGACCCAUACAAGGGCUUCAAAUACCUGUACCUGACCCCCCAGGACUACACAAGGAUCAGUUCAAUGAAUUCUGUGCAUUGUGAACAUGUGGAGGAAGCCGGCGAGUCGAGGUACGUCAUAACCGACAUCAUUGGUAAAGACGAAGGCUUUGGCGUGGAGAACCUUAGAGCAUCGGGCACCAUUGCCGGAGAGUCUUCUCUCGCCUAUGAUGAAGUCGUCACCAUUAGCAUGGUGACCUGCCGCGCCAUCGGCAUUGGCGCAUACUUGGUGAGGCUGGGCCAGCGAGUCAUCCAGGUGGAAAAUUCCCACAUCAUUCUGACGGGAGCCGGUGCUUUGAAUAAGGUCUUGGGGCGUGAAGUGUACACUUCAAACAACCAGCUUGGAGGAGUACAGAUCAUGCACAGCAACGGCGUUUCCCAUGUGACUGUUCCAGAUGACUUUGAAGGCGUCUACACCAUCUUGCAGUGGCUGUCGUACAUGCCAAAGGACAAUCGUAGCCCAGUGCCUAUUACCAUCACAAGCGACCCCAUUGAAAGGGAAAUUGAUUUUGUCCCUUCCAAAGCCCCCUAUGAUCCCCGCUGGAUGCUGGCAGGGAGACCUCAUCCCACCAUAAAAGGAUCCUGGCAAAGCGGUUUCUUUGACCACAGCACUUUUACUGAGAUCAUGCAGCCGUGGGCACAGACUGUGGUGGUCGGCAGAGCCAGGCUCGGAGGGAUACCAGUCGGUGUGAUCGCUGUAGAGACCCGGACUGUAGAGCUGACGGUUCCGGCAGAUCCAGCUAAUCCAGAAUCGGAAGCAAAGAUCAUCCCGCAGGCUGGGCAGGUCUGGUUCCCAGAUUCGGCCUUCAAAACGGCUCAGUCUAUAAGAGACUUUGACCGAGAACGCCUUCCUCUAUUGAUUUUUGCCAACUGGAGGGGAUUCUCUGGUGGAAUGAAAGACAUGUAUGAUCAGGUCCUGAAGUUUGGAGCGUACAUUGUCGACAGCCUCCGGCAGUUCAAGCAACCCGCUCUUGUUUAUAUCCCGCCGCAUGCUGAGCUACGGGGCGGCUCAUGGGUGGUGAUUGACCCAACUAUCAAUCCUCUGUAUAUGGAACUGUAUGCGGACAAAGAGAGCAGAGGAGGCAUCUUAGAAGCUGAAGGGACCGUGGAGAUCAAAUUCAGGAGGAAGGAGCUGCUGAAGACCAUGAGGAGAGUUGAUGGUACUUACGCCAAGAUCGCCCAGCAGUUGGGUUCCCAAGAGCUCUCCAAAGAAGAGCGCAAGGAGCUGGAAAGGCAACUGAAAGCGCGGGAGGAUCACCUCUUCCCAAUCUUCCACCAGGUGGCAGUGCAGUUUGCUGACCUCCACGACACUCCAGGGCGAAUGCAAGAGAAGGGCGUCAUUACAGAUAUUCUUCAGUGGAAAAAUGCCCGCACGUUUUUGUACUGGCGGCUGCGGCGCCUUCUUCUGGAGGAAGUGGUGAAGCGAGAGAUCUUAAAUGCCCAUAGUGAGCUGGGCAACAGCCACAUCCAGUCCAUGCUGCGGCGCUGGUUCCUGGAGACGGAAGGCGCGGUGAAGGGCUACCUCUGGGAUAAUAACCAAGUGGUGGUGGAAUGGCUGGAGAAACACUUGCAAGAAGAAGACGGGGCCAAGUCGGCCAUCCAGGAGAACAUCAGAUACCUGAAGCGGGAUUACGCUCUCAAGCACAUCCGGAAUCUGGUUCAGGAGAACCCAGAAGUUGCCAUGGACUGUAUUAUUCACAUGACCCAACACAUCACCCCUGCUCAGAGAGCUCAGAUCGCUCAUCUGCUCGCCACAAUGGAUAAUCCUGCCCCUUCUUGACGAAGGCAUUCCUGAUGCCUGGAGGAUCACCAGUCCAUCAACCAGAAACGGGCACAACCACGAACCUUCCAAGGCCGGAAAGUCCUUCCAGCCUUUACACGACUGUAGCCAAACUGUACCACUGAAAAAUGUCUACAGAAUUGCCUUAAGUCCCCCCCCUGCCCGAAACUGGUGAGCACGCCAUGUGACCUGCAGUGGAAUGGCCAGUUAUACAACAGCUGCCUCUCCUGUACUGAGAAGCACCGGACAGCCCAUGGCUGCCAGGACUGGCUUUCUCCUGUACUGAGGUAUAUUUCCAUACUAUCAGUAUCUACCGUGCAAGUACAGUAUGUCCAAGAGUAAUGCUAGAUAUUUUUCCUACAGCAUAUUUCAGUCUUUUUUUUACAACAAUGUUGGUUUUUCAAUUGUACCUCUAGCAGUGUGCCAAAAUAAGGAAGAUGCUGCUUUUUUAAAAAUGACCUUGAUAGAAAAGUGACAGGGAUGGAGUGGGCCAGUGACCACUAGAAAGCAUGCUGUGUUUUCGGCAAAAUUGGCAGAAUUUAUAAUGGAUCACAGAGGAUCACAUUGUGACAGCAAACAGUAUCUGGAAAAUGCAUUUGUGUAGACAGUGCCCUCUGAACAGGACGUUUCAACUUGGGUAUAACAACAUUUUGAGGUACUGAGCAGGUAUUCAAGACUGUUUCUAAAAGAAUUUUUCCGCCUGUCAGCACUUCCUACUGUUUAUUAAGCACACUUGCUGGAAUAUGUCCACCUCAUGUGCGCUUUCAUAAAGUCACAUGGGUGAUUCCAUCCCUUAUUGGAAUCACUGCCUCUGUACUUAUGCUCUUAAUCGUGCCUUAUUUGUGGAAGUAGAUACCAGGGUGCGAUUGAAUUUAUUGACUGGAUUGCUGAAACGGCUGUAGAUAGGGAGUGUUUUUUAAAAGCAACCGUUCGGAAGUAGUAAGUAAUUCUCGUGUUGAAUGUAUCCUGGACUAUGCAAGAAUUUUUAUCUGACAGUCUUAUAGAAGAGCAUGAAGCAGCAGGACAAGGAUGUGUGGGUGAGACAGUUAAACCUUAUUGCUAAGCACGUCCAUUAUAGAAUGGUGCAUAUCCUGAUCGUUAUUCUAAAACCAAAGGUAUAGAUUUUUGUCGGAGGACAAUGAUAUGUUUAAUGAAAUGGAGCGGGGGGAUGUUGAGUGAGUUUAGUAUGUUUUGAUGGCAGAGGUGAAAACUUUUCUUAAAAGAGAAGAGGUUGGUUGCAGCUUCCUCCUUGUGUCUCUUUAGAGAAAAAGUGUCAAUUGAGGGGCACGUUGCCAUGGUGCGGGGGGGGGUCAAGCUUUCCCCUACAUGCCACUGUUCUCAGAGUUUAUGGAACAGCCCUAAAUAAAAUGAUUGCGUAUG